AUGGCUGGUGAGGACAGUUUUAUAGUGUUGGUUCACCACAGAGGAUCGAUUAAGAGGAAAACUCGGUCAGGUGUCAAGUUCACCGAUAAGGAUCCUCUUUGUAUUAUCAUGAGUUCUACGACGAGUUAUGAUGACCUUGCUAGGUCGGUAUUGCAGAAACUUGGUCUAGAAGGUGUUAAACGGCUCGGGGGUUCGAACCGGAAUACCAACACUUUAGCGACGGUUGCCGGUUCUAGCUCAAGUCCUGCCUUUGCAUCUUCCUCAGUCCCUGCGUACGAGCCACCCGCCCCGCCUGUCGCCUCCCCUUCGUUCGCUGUUGAUCUCAACAGCAGUGUUGGCGACGAGGUUGGAACAGCGGAACUUGUACCUACCUCUGUACACUGUGCUGCACCGACUGAGGCUGGAGAUGAAUUGUUUGAAGAUGUAGAGGACGAUGAUGUCGAGCCGGAUAUGAUUGGUGAUGAUAGUGCCGAUGAUAUUGGAGCCAGUGAGCCUGCCGGUGCCGGUGGUGGCUCUAGCUCUGGCACACAGCAGUACCCUCCACAUUUUUCAUCUUUGGACCUGGAUGCCAUGAGGCAGCCGGGGGUACCUUGUGAGGUUGCAGGAUUUGGCGCAAGAGAUGCAGAAGGGUCAGCUGGUAUGACAGAGUUCCAGGUUGGUCAGCAAUUUCAGGAUAAGAAGGAUGCCCUGUUAAGUGUGAAGACUUACAGCAUCCGCCGAGGUGUACAGUACAAGGUUUUGGAGUUUGAUUAUCGCCGUUACGUUGGCAAGUGUUCUGAGUUCGGGAAUGGGUGCACAUGGUUGAUUCAGCUGAGUCUCCGGCAGCGCAAGGGCAUAUGGGAGGUCAAACGGUACAAUGGACCGCAUACUUGUCUCGCCAGCUCUAUCUCCAGUGAUUAUAGGAGUUUGGAUUAUCAUGUGAUAUCGGCAUUCAUUAUGCCAAUGGUUAGAGCUGAUGCAUCCGUUAGCAUCAAGGUGCUCCUAAAUGUGACUGCCUCGCACUAUGGGUUCAGGCCGACCUACAGGAGGGUCUGGAUGGCGAAGCAGAAGGCUGUUGCGCUCAUUUAUGGUGACUGGGAUGAGUCUUACAACGAGCUCCCAAGGUGGGUGUUAGGAGUGCAGGUGACGAUGCCUGGUUCUAUUGCAGUUCUUCAGACUAGCCCUGUUCGAGUUGGGGGACAGCUGGACGAAUCUAAGGCAUACUUUCACAGACUGUUCUGGACUUUUCCACCGUGUAUCGAGGCAUUUCGUCAUUGCAAGUCAUUGGUUAGUAUUGAUGGGACCUAUCUAUAUGGAAAGUAUAGGGGUACUCUACUUGCUGCAAUUGCACAGGACGGGAACUCCAACAUACUCCCUGUUGCAUUCGCACUAGUCGAGGGUGAGAAUGCUGAGUCUUGGUCAUUCUUUCUCUCCCACCUCCGUCAGCACGUUACACCACAGCCGGGUCUGCUCGUUAUCUUUGACAGGCAUAACGGCAUCAAGGCCGCCCUUGAGGCUCCCGACGGGGGCUAG